AUGGAAUAUUUACAUUCUCAGAAUACAAUUAAAAUUGAUAAUAUUAAUGAAGAAGCUAUUGCUGAAAAUGAUGAACUAUCUGUGAUGUCAGUCAAUAAUGAAGAUACAACAAUAUCUUUAAAAUCGCAGAUCAAUGAUAAUAAUUCUAAACAAUCGUCAUCCUCUGUAACUGAUCUAACAUUAGACAAUAACGAAUCUUUAUCAACAACAAUACAACGAGAUGAUAGGUCAUCACCUAUGAAUCAACAUAUUCUUCAUGAAAAUCAACAAAUAUAUGAUCGAUCAUCUCCUAUAAAUAAUCCUAAUUUAUCUAAACCUAAUUCAAUGUCAUCCGUGAAAUCAUUUGAAACUAAACGUAUUGAUGCAGCAUUAGAAAAAAAUCUCGAAACAAUUGUUACACAAGUUCGUCGAACAACAACAAAACCUUCACAAUUAACACAAAAUGAUCUUCAAUUAUUUGAUAGUACAUCAUCAACUAACGCUAAACCUAAUCAUUAUUUUCGUGAUAUGACAACAGAUUCUAUCAAUAAUGAUUCAAUUAAUCAAGAAUCAAUACAAAAUGGACAAUAUUAUCAUCGUCCUAUCAUUCCACCAUCAACUAUGGAUCCUUAUGGACAAUCAUUAUGGCCUCCUGGAAUUUAUCCAUUUGCACAUCAACAUCCGGGUCUUUAUUUACCUUAUCCACCAACAAACAAUGGCUUACCACCACCAUUCUAUCCAUCGUAUGAUCCAUUAUUAAUUGAACAACAUUAUGGUCCACAUGUUUUAUCGGCUUAUUAUACACAACAACAGGCAGUAGCAGCUCGACUUUUACAAGAACAGGCUUCUUUGUCAGAUAAUAUUUCAUCCAUAUUAACAACUCCAACAAAAGAACAUUCCGAAAAUUCACCAUCAAUUAGCGAUGAUUCCAUGAAAUUAUCUGAUUUAGUCACAAAUGGAAAUCGAAAAAAGGCUACAUCAAUUAAUAAACCAUUCCAAUCCUAUCAUCAUAGUCUUCAAACAAUUAAUGGAGGUUUAUCUAGAUUAUCACCAGAUUUAUUAUCUGAUGACGAUGAUGGAGGAAUUAAUGAUGCAGAUAGUAUUAUUUCACUUGAUAGUAUUAAAUCUAAUAUAGCUGCUAGUAUGCCUGUACUGGAAGAUGGUCUAUCUGAUUCUGAAAAUAUAAGUAAUGAUGAACAAUCAUCAUCCAUAAUAACACAAUCCAAGAGUUGUCAUCAAUCAACUCAAAGUGAUUUAUUAUUUGAUUCUAAUCAUUCAUCAUCCAUUCCUACACAGAAACAUUAUUCUACUAAAACAAUAAAUAAUGAACAUAUAUCUGCAGCAAAAUCAUCCUAUAAUAAUACAUCAGUAUCUUCGUCUAACACUCAAAUAGAUCAACAUAAAAUAACUUCACAUGAAUCUUCAACUAUUCAAACAGAUAAUGAUACUGAUGAAGAAACCGAUAAAUUACUUAGUGUUGAACAUCGAAUCAAUGCAAAAAAUCAAGCAAUUCGUGAUGCUGCUGUUUCAAAAUCAUCCAAAACACAUGAAGUUGUAACUCGAAUUAUUGCUGAUCCAGAAAAUUCAUCUGUAUUAAUCGAAGGUGUUUUAUUUCGUUGUCGAUAUCUUGGUUCAACUCAAUUGCCUGCCGAAGGAAAUCCAACAAAAAUAUCACGUAUGAUGCAAGCACAGGAAGCUGUUGAACGUAUCAAAGCACCAUAUGGUGAAAGUCAACCAUCAGUUGAAGUGGAUUUAUUUAUAUCAACCGAAAAAAUCAUGGUUUUAAAUACCGAUUUAGAAGAUAUUUUAAUGGAUCAUUCAUUAAGAUCGAUUUCAUAUAUUGCUGAUAUUGAUGAUCUUGUAGUAUUAAUGGCUAAACGCAGGUAUAUACAAAAUGAGAAUAAUGCAAAUAGUAAUGAUGAUUCGAAUGGAACAACAACACGACGUGUAGUUUCAAUUAAUCAAAAAAUGAUUUGUCACGUUUUUGAAUCAGAUGAAGCUCAAUCAAUUGCUCAUUCAAUAGGUCAAGCAUUUCAAGUAGCUUAUGUUGAAUUUUUAAAAGCUAAUGGUAUUGAUGAUCCUAAUUUUACAUGUGAUAUUAAUUAUCAAGAAGUUCUUGAUCAACAAGAAAUUGAUGUUGAAGAAUUAGAUCGAUUUGCAAAAAAAGAAUGUCAAAAAGAGGCGAUUGUAACUAAAGGUAAAAAUGAACCAUUAGGUAUUGUUAUUGUUGAAAGUGGUUGGGGAUCAAUGUUACCAACAGUUGUUAUUGCAAAUAUGAUGCCAGGUGGACCGGCAGCAAGAGGUGGACAAUUAAAUAUUGGUGACCAAAUAAUAUCAGUUAAUGGUAUUAGUAUGGUUGGAUUACCAUUAUCAAAUUGUCAAGCACAAAUAAAAAACAUGAAACAUUUAACAACUGUUCGUCUUGUUGUUGUUCCAUGUCCACCAGUUGUUGAAGUACUUAUACGACGACCAGAUAUCAAAUAUCAACUUGGCUUUAGUGUACAAAAUGGAAUUAUAUGUAGUCUUCUUCGUGGUGGUAUUGCUGAACGUGGUGGUGUACGAGUUGGUCAUCGUAUUAUUGAAAUCAAUGGACAAAGUGUUGUAGCUACACGACAUGAAAGAAUUGUUAGUAUGCUUUCAAAUUCAGUCGGCGAACUUCGAAUGAAAACAAUGCCAACACAAAUCUAUCGUUUAUUAACAGGACAAGAUACCCCAAUAUAUAUUUAA